CAAUCCAUCGGCGAAAUACAUCGGUGCAUCAAAUCAUCACCUACAACAAUUGCCUGUAGUCAUGAACAACAUGAAUCGCCAAACAAUGAGUUUACCAGACGCUCAGAAUUGGUUCAGCGAGCAUCGUCGUGGCAACGAGACGUUGGAGGAAACUUAUAGUCGUCUCACCAAUUGCCCGAACAGCUUAGUGUUCCACAAUUCCAACGAUGCUGCCAUAGCAGUAAUACGGCGUCACAGGUCGGAAACAUCUCAUGGACAUGGAGGUCAUCAAUCAUCGUCGUCUGAAAGAACAAGUCAGACAGUCGUUCCAAGCGUUUCGGAAUUUCUCCAACAGUUUCGUUAUACCAAGCCGCCGGUGAUACAACCUUCUACCGAAAAACGGGGAGGAGAUAUGUCAUCGCCAGAGGAAAAGCGGCUAAGAGGCAAAGCGAUUUCAUCUGUGAAUCCUGAUCCAGAAAGUAGGAAAGAACUGAAGAAACGUGAGGACCGAGAAAGAAAACGACGACAACGGGCAGCUGAAACGUCAGCGCAGCGAUCGCAACGUCUUGCAGCUGUCGCAGAUUCUAUGGCUCAACAUCGUGCGGCUGAAACGCCAGCGGAACGAUCUCUACGUCAAACGGAUGAUGCUGCUUCACAUCAGCAUCGUCGUGCAGCUGAAACGCCAGCGGAACGAUCUCUACGUCAAGCAGAUGAUGCUGCUUCACAUCAACAUCGACUUGCAGCUGAAACGCCAGCGGAACGAUCUCAACGUCAAGCAGAUGAUGCUGCUUCACAUCAACAUCGUCGUGCAGCUGAAACGCCAGCGGAACGAUCUCAACGUCAAGCAGAUGAUGCUGCUUCACAUCAACAUCGUCGUGCAGCUGAAACGCCAGCGGAACGAUCUCAACGUCAAGCAGAUGAUGCUGCUUCACAUCAACAUCGUCGUGCAGCUGAAACGCCAGCGGAACGAUCUCAACGUCAAGCAGAUGAUGCUGCUUCACAUCAACAUCGACUUGCAGCUGAAACGCCAGCGGAACGAUCUCAACGUCAAGCAGAUGAUGCUGCUUCACAUCAACAUCGUCGUACAGUUGAAACGCCAGCGGAACGAUCUCAACGUCUCGAAACUGUAGCCGCUUCGAUGACUCAACAUCGUGAAGAAGUCGCUACUAUCAAUGCUGCCGAGAUUCAACGGAUGGUAACUCUAGCCAUAACCGAUGAAAAUGCUGUCGCUGAACACUAUUGCGGGCCCAUGAACGUUAAAUGUCAAUUUUGUGGAUCUCACAACUUCCUAGCCAUGAGACCCCCCGACGGAAAGUUUACCAGGUGCUGCCAGAAGGGCAAACUUAUCAUACCGAAACCGGUCAUCAAUGGUGUCGAACACGGUUAUCCACAGUUUCUUCGAACGAUGAUGUCGAUGCCGCAGAAUCCAAACUACCGCCACUUCCGAGAGCACAUUCGGAGUUACAACAGCUCCGUUUCGUUCGCAUCGUUUGGAGCACAGCUGGCAAACGUUCCGGGAAAUGGACCGUAUGUCUUCAAAGUGCAAGGACAAACUUACCACCUCACAUCUCAUACUGAACCACGGAGUGAACAACAACGAUCGUAUGCUCAGCUUUACGUUCUUGACAGUUUGACGCAGGCAACAAAUACCCGAAUGGAGCAUCCAGCAAUGGCCGGUUGUUCAGAAGCGAUUCUACGCAGGAUUCACGAAUUUUUCCUCGAUUUCAACAGCAUUGCACGUUCGUAUCGGCUAAUGCACGAAGUGCAACAACGUGAAACGGAAUUAGCUGCAGCACGGAAUGAAAAUGUCCCCAUUGUCCACAUGGUUAUGAGAACUGACCGUCAAUCCGACGAACGCCGCUACAAUUUACCAACGUCCAACGAAAUCGCAAUGAUAUUCGUCAACGAAGAUGGAGAGCCGCCGUUCAAUCGCGACAUUCGAGUUUACCCACGUAAUCCGAACAACCCGAACGAUGUACUGUUCCGUCUGAACAUACGGAACAGUAAUUUGGAUCCGAUGGUUUAUGCACUGAUGUUCCCGUACGGGCAACCGGGCUGGCAUCCCGAUUUCCGAUGCAAUGGCAAACACUUUUCCAUGCUACAGUUCAAAAGAGCAUUGAUGGCAAUUCGGGACGAGUUCAGUCCAAUAAUGCAUGCCGGAAAACUGACCCAACAAUGGAUCGUGGAUUCGUAUUUGCAAGUAGAAGCACACAACUUGGAAUACAUACGGCACAACCAAAAUAAACUUCGAGCAGAACUGUAUCAAGGUCUUGCGGAUUACGUGGAACGGCAGGCAACAGAAGCUAAUGUGAGAGCUGGGCGACCGAUCAUACUGCCAUCAUCAUUUCAAGGAUCACCACGGAAUAUGCGGGAACGAUUACAGGAUGCGAUGUCAAUUUUUGGGAAAUUUGGACCGCCCGAUCUUUUCAUCACUUUCACAGCAAAUCCAAAUUGGCGCGAGGUGGUUGAAAAUUUACGGACUGGCGAAACUGUUGCAGAUCGAUCAGACUUGGUGGACACGGUCUUCAAGAUAAAGUUGGACGAACUGGUGCGUGACAUAAAAACGAAUGGUAUCUUCGGGAAAAGUGUGGCCUUCGUUUACACUAUCGAAUUUCAAAAGCGGGGCCUACCACACGCUCACAUUCUGGUAGUGUUGUCGACUGAAUGCAAGUUUCGAGCGGCUGUUGAAAUUGACAGAGUUGUCUGGGCCGAAAUUCCUGAUCUUCAAACGCAUCCGAGACUGCAUGGUAUUGUGUCCCAGCAAAUGUUGCAUGGACCGUGUGGGCCAAGGUGUUUCGGAGACGAUGGGAACUGUUCGAAACGAUUUCCGAAAGAAUACCGAGAGUAUACGGAAGUUAGUGAUAAAGGAAGCGGAUAUCCUUCGUAUCGUCGAAGAGUAGGAGCAGAAGUUCUGAAAAAUGGCCGUCGCUUCGACAAUCGACACGUAGUUCCAUAUUCUCCAUACCUACUUCUGAAGUAUAACGCACACAUAAAUGUUGAAAUUUGUACGUCGUUGAGGGCUAUCAAAUACAUUUACAAAUAUGUCUACAAGGGAUUCGACUGUGCUAACUGCAAAAUUGGACACGUCGAUGGUCAACGAGUGUUUGUACACGACGAAAUAUCCAACUUUAUCAACGCUCGGUAUUGCAGCUCUCCCGAGGGAUUUUGGAGACUUUCAGCUUUCAAAAUGCAUGAUCGAUCGCACGCCGUCAUUACACUUCCCGUUCAUUUGCCGCAACAACAAAUGAUUUACUUUGAGGAAGGUCAUGAAGCAGAAGCUGUGGCUGCAGCACGUGAUGGUAUCACAAAGUUAACGGCUUGGUUCACCCUCAAUCAGAACGAUGUCGAAGCUCAUCGACUUUUAUAUACAGAGAUUCCGUACCAUUACACGUUCCGCAACAAUAGGUGGAACGCGCGAGUUCAAGGACAUGAAAAAGUGAUCGGAAGAAUGUAUGGAGUGAGUCCGCACGAUGAAGAACGGUUCUGUCUACGACUGCUGCUACUGCAUGUUCCCGGUGCUAUAAGCUACGAAUAUCUGCGGACUUUCAACGGAGUCGUGUUUGAACGAUUCAAGGAAGCAGCUAUUGCUCGGAAUCUAUUGGCAUCGGACGAAGAAUUUGAACGAUUUCUGCAGGAAGCCGCUACUUUCCAAAUGCCUUAUCAACUCCGGCAAAGCUUUGCAUAUUUGUGUGUCUUCUGUAAGCCACAAAAUGCAAUGCUUCUGUUCGAAAAACACGUUGACGACUUAAUACUGGAUUUCGUCAAUCUGCAUAAAUGCACCAGGAACGUUUCGAUCAACCUGGCACUCCAUCAAAUUCAAACCGUUCUGCAACAGCACAGUCUCGAAUGCUCCAGAGUUGGUUUGCCCACACCAACUGGCACUUACACCGAAGCAGGUCACUAUGUACAGGCUGUGGAACAGGAGAGGGCCGAUCGUCUGAUUCCGACCUUGACUGUGGAACAGCGAGCGGCGUUCGAUAAAAUAGUAGAGGGUAUCGACAAUCGAGCCAGCCAGAAAUUGUUUUAUUUGAAUGGUCCGGGUGGAUCCGGGAAAACGUAUCUUUAUCAAACGUUGAUCAGUUUCAUUCGUGGCAGAGGACAAACUGUAAACGCAUAUGCAUCAACUGGCAUUGCAUCCACAUUGUUGGACGGGGCCACCACUAUUCACUCCGGUUUCGGAGUGCCUCUUGAGUUAGACGCCACUAAGACGUCCACAAUAAAACCAACGUCAGCCAUCGCUCAAGGUCUUCGACGCGCUUCGGUUCUGAUCUUGGAUGAAAUCACAAUGCUGCACAAACACGGACUCCGGGUAAUAGACAAACUGUUGCGGGAAGAAAUUAUGAGAAACAAUAUUGCAUUCGGUGGCAAAACCGUUGUACUCAGUGGAGAUUUUCGGCAAACGCUGCCCAUUGUAGUUCGUGGAUCACGCGAAACUAUUACCAAAGCGUCCAUAACAUCCAGCCAUUUAUGGAAAAAUUUUCAAAAUAUCUCGCUGACACAAAAUAUGCGAAGCGCCGGGCAAAACGAACACAACGCAUGGCUCCUGGACUUGGGCAGUGGAGACACACCGCGGAUUCCUGGCCUCUCCGAAAAUGCCGUUGAGAUACCGUCUACCAUGAUAGCUACUAGAGAAGAGAUUCUGGAGCACACAUUCGGUCCAGACAUUCGGAAUCUCACGGUCGACGAAUUGUCCCGCAGAGUUAUAUUGGCUUCCACAAAUGCCGUUACACUGGACAUAAAUCACCGACUAAUGGAAAAAUUGGAUGGAGACUUUGUCACGUACACCAGUGCAGAUGAAAUCGUCUCUGAAGGAAACGUACCGGUGGAAGGACUGUAUCCAGUUGAGUUCCUGAAUGCCCAAACGCCGUCCGGCUCGCCUCCACACCAGCUACGGUUAAAGGUUGGAGCUGUUGUCAUGCUGAUUCGGAACUUGAACAAGCAAAAAGGACUCUGCAAUGGAACCAGACUGAUAGUUCGCCGAUUGCAGGAGAACUUCAUUGUGUGCGAAAUUAUAUCGACGAAUCACAAGGGCGACACGGUUUUCAUAACACGGCUGGACAUAACACCCAGUGACUCAACUCUUCCUUUCAAAAUGAAACGGCGCCAGUUCCCUCUAAUACCCGCAUUUGCCAUGACCAUAAACAAAUCACAAGGACAGUCCUUCGAAAUUGUGAGCGUCAUACUAGAUGAACCGGUGUUUGGACAUGGGCAACUGUACGUAGCACUGUCCAGAUGUAGGGAUCGGCGGAAUAUAAAGGUUUUCAUCAAAGAAGGACUUCGUCAAGGUCAACUUCUUCAAGACGGUCGUUGGUUUACCGAAAACGUCGUGUAUAGAGAGAUAUUCAGAUUGACUAUACGCUAG